AUGGGCGGCAUCUGGUCAAGCCCUGCUGUUGGCACCGCAGCCAGCAGCUCAGCCGUGCCAGCAAAGCAUCAGCAGCAACAGCGGCAGCCCUUCCACGUCAAGAAAGUCGCCAUCAUCGGCGCAGGGCCGGCUGGCCUGGCUGCUGCCAGAUACCUCACAGCCCAAGGCGCCGUCGACUCCAUCACCAUCUUCGAGCAGCAGGAUGAGGUCGGCGGCGUCUGGCACUACAGCGGCCUUGCGCCAAAGGAGGUGCCCGUGCCGCAGCAGGAUCCGUUCUGGGGCCCGGAGCCCUCCAUCUGGCCUGAAGGAGCACCGGCGCCCAUCUUCCCUUCGCCCAUGUACGAGAGGCUUCAUGCGAAUAUUCCCGGAUCCCUGAUGCAGUUUCACGAUACGGCGUUUCCGGCGGAUGAGUGGCUGUUUCCCAAGAGAGAGGCGAUCCAAGCAUAUCUUGUUCGAUAUGCUGAGGACCUGAGGCAUCUUAUCAAAUUCCGCCAUCAGGUGACACAGGUCAACUUGGAAUCUCAGGAUGGCAGAGAUCAGUGGCAUUUGGAAGCAUCAUCCACGGUGAACGAUGACCAAGUCAUUCGGGAGACUUAUGAUGCCGUAGUCGUCGCCAAUGGCCACUACUCAGUGCCCUUCAUACCCUCCAUCAAGAACUUACAAGAGUUCAACAAAGCCCAUCCCUCCAUCAUCAGCCACUCAAAGCAGUAUAGAAAGAACGAGCACUUUAGAGGGAAGAAGGUUGUGGUCGUCGGAAAUGGGCCGUCUGGUCUUGACUUAGCUCUUCAAAUCAACGAAGUGGCCGAUAGAACGCUCAUGUCCGUGCGGCAUCCCACCUCACCCGACAAAAUCUCUCACAUCGGGUGUGAAGAAGUCCCCGAAAUAGUCGAAUUUCUGCCAGAUCAGCGAGGCGUUCUUUUCAAAGAUGGAAAAUUAGGAGACGAUGGAAAGCACAUCAAUGAGUUUUAUGACUGGGUAAAUAAGGCGAAACAUGUCGGCAAGCAACCUCCGCACUGGGAAGGCGAACAGUUUUGGCAGAGGAAACUAGCCCCGCAGGCCAAGACCAAAUUUGAAGAGGAUGGAUGUCGAGCCAAGACACUGGCUGAUCUUGGUUACCAGUAUGAGCCUGGCAAGGAACAAUGA